AAAUAGUUACCUGAUGCAGCUUUUUCCGCUAUAAUUCUCAUUUCUUUCUUUCUUUUCUUUUCUUUUUUUUAAAAAUAGAAGUCAGCUAUGAGAAACCACACAAGAGUGACAGCCUUUAUUCUUCUUGGACUGACUGAUGAUCCACAAUUGCAGGUUGUCAUUUUUCUUCUCCUUUUUUUCACCUAUAUGUUGAGUAUCACUGGGAACCUAACCAUCAUCACUCUCACUCUACUAGAUCCACACCUAAAGAUGCCCAUGUAUUUCUUCCUCCGAAAUUUCUCAUUUUUAGAAAUCUCUUUCACAACUGUAUGCAUUCCCAAAUUUCUUGUCACCAUGGCAACAGGUGAUAAGUCCAUUUCUUACAACAGUUGUGCAGCACAGCUGUUUUUUACUAUUCUGUUGGGUGCAGCUGAAUUUUUUCUUCUGGCUGCUAUGUCCUAUGACCGCUAUGUAGCCAUCUGCAAACCCCUGCAUUAUGUGACUAUCAUGAGUGUCAGAGUCUGCAACUUGUUAGUCUUUUCUUCUUGGUUGGCUGGCUUUAUAAUAAUUUUUCCACCACUCCUUAUUGGUCUCCAGCUAGAUUUCUGUGCAGCCAACACUGUAGAUCAUUUCUUCUGUGAUGUUUCUCCUGUAUUGCAGCUCUCUUGCACAGACACAGAUAAAGUAGAAGUAAUGAUGCUUCUUUCAGCCAUUUUGACUCUCUUGGUUACACUAGUAUUAGUGAUCCUCUCCUACACAAACAUCAUCAGAACUAUUCUGAAGAUACCUUCUUCUCAACAGAGGAAGAAAGCUUUUUCUACAUGUUCUUCUCACAUAGUGGUUGUGUCCAUUUCUUAUGGCAGUUGCAUCUUCAUGUAUGUGAAACCCUCCGCAAAGGAGAGAGUGUCUUUAAAUAAAGGAAUAGCUCUUCUCAUUACUUCUGUUGCCCCCAUGUUGAAUCCCUUCAUUUAUACACUAAGAAACAAACAAGUGAAAGAUGCUUUUAAGCGCAUGAUCGAAAAGGUAAAAUUUUUCUCAGUGAAGUGAACCAGUUUAGUGAUACUGCUGAGGUUAUGAGUAAAAUAAAACAAGAU